UUGGAGUUCGUGAUUUGCCAUCGGUGUUUCCAGUUUUGGCGUUGAGUUUACCAGCCGGUUUGAACACGCGCGCACGACCCACCCACUCUAUAUGCAAAAUAAUUUUUCACUUGGAGUAUGGAGAAGAUGAAUCUCGAAUCAUAUUUAUUAGUAUAGAGGAAGGGAAGUAGUGUCAAUGCUAGCUGUUAGUAGAAGAGUUACAGCUGCAGUUCCUAUUGGCAUCGGACGAGUAGUGGCUAGACCCGUUUUGACUGGUGCUGGUAGUGUACUGUUGUUAUGUAGAUACUAUAGUAAAUCGUCAAAACCUGAACCCUCAAGAUCUAACCCAUUCCCCAUAGAUACAGCUCAUGUUCGAGAGAAACAUGAAAAUGCUAAAUUGAGUAGAUACCAAAGGUGGGCUAAGUAUCUUGAGUCUGAAAAAUUUAAAAAGAGUAUGACCAAGUAUUAUAUUGGGGGGUUUAUAGCCAUGUGUAUUAGUUUAUACUAUUAUAUGAGAGAUCGUUACUAUGAAGAUAUUCAGUUAAAACAUGUUCGUGCCAAAUAUGAAGCUGAUCCUAGUUCAUUAUUAGAAUACGAAUAUUUAAUGAUGAAAAAGUUGAAUAAUGAAAGAUUACGUCCUAAAGAAGAAAAGAAGUGGAAGAUUUAUCAAAUGAUGAGGAAAGAGUUCCGAAGAAAGAAUCUUUUGAAUAAGGAUGCCAUUUUUGAGCCUACUCCAGAACAAUUGGAUGAGUGGUAUCAAAAGCAGCCAAGAAUUCUGUCUAGAAAGACUCCUGUGUUAGAUCAACCUAUAGAUAAGCCAGAUGUUGUGGAUGAUACAAAGCAGGAAAGUGAUAAGAAAACGGCUAAUAUUGUACCAGCAGAAGAUACAACUUCAUUCUACGAAGAGAAGGCUGAAGCUUAUGAUAACGAAAUUAAAUGGGAAGAACGUGCUAUUUUGAUGGGAAGAAGAAGAUCAUGGCUUAUGAGCCAAAUCCAAGGUGAUGUUUUAGAAGUUGCCUGUGGUACAGGAAGAAAUAUUCCUUAUUUAAAUACUGAAGAUAUUAACUCUAUAACAUUUCUCGAUUCUUCUGCCAAAAUGGUAGAAUUGGCUGUUAAAAAGUUUCAAUCAUAUUACCCUAAAUUUAAGAAAGUCGGUUAUACAGUAGGUAAGGCUGAAGAUUUGGUGGAUUUAGUUAAGGACAAUAAGUCUAUUCAGUAUGAUACCAUUAUCGAAACUUUUGGUUUAUGUGCUCAUGAAGAUCCUGUUAAAGCCCUUAAGAAUAUGAAAGAGUUGUUAAAACCCGGUGGACGUAUUGUGUUAUUAGAACAUGGAAGAAGUACUUGGGGCUUUAUUAACAAUCACUUGGACUUUAGAAGUGAACAUAGAAUGAAAACAUGGGCCUGUAGAUGGAAUUUAGAUAUUUUGGAUUUGGUUGAUUCUGCAGGUUUGGAUAUUACUUAUGAAAAGAGAGUUCAUCUUGGUACUACAUAUAUGUUGAUAUGCAAACGACCAGAAGAUCCUAUCAAUCAAAGUGAAAAGCCAUUCAUUAACAAAUUAUUUGGUUCUGCUCCACCAAAGCCCAUUGAGAAAUCAAAGUGAGCUCCAUGUAUAUAGACUAUCAAAUAUAUAGUACUUUAAUAUAUAGUACUUUAAUAUAUAGUACUUUAAUGUAUA